GACGCUCAGGUGCCCCGGAGUAGUUCCCACCGCGUUGUGCUCCCUGUCUGCACAGACUUCGGGCCGCUGGUCUCCUUUCACCAGGCCCUCUCCAACCCUUGCCCUGGUCAAACACAGCGCGGCCCCUACCCUCUGAUCACCACGUUGCGCAAUGCCCGAGCCGAGCCUCCCGGGGUGUGAACCCCGGCGUCCCUGCCCCUGGGCGGGGACGAGAGGCGGCUGGGAGGGGAGCGAAGGCGGCAAGCAUGCAGCUGACCCAUUCCACCGGACCUGGCGCCGCGUGUCUCCCGGGAGCUGCCGCUGCAGGCCCCGCGCCGCUCGGCCCCUCCGCCAGGCCCGCCCGCCGCUUCUCACAGGCCGCCGCCGCAGCCAUGGCGGAAGUUCAUAGACGUCAGCAUGCUCGGGUUAAAGGAGAAGCCCCCGCGAAAUCCUCCACACACAGAGAUGAGGAGGAGCUGGGGAUGGCGUCGGCCGAAACGCUGACCGUGUUCCUGAAGCUGCUGGCUGCUGGCUUUUACGGCGUGAGCUCCUUCCUCAUCGUAGUGGUGAACAAGAGCGUGCUCACCAAUUACAGAUUUCCCUCCUCACUGUGUGUUGGACUUGGCCAGAUGGUGGCCACCGUAGCAGUUCUCUCGGUGGGAAAGGCGCUCAGAGUAGUCAAGUUUCCUGACCUUGACAGAAAUGUACCUCGAAAGACGUUUCCACUACCUCUACUAUAUUUUGGGAACCAAAUCACGGGACUGUUCAGCACAAAGAAACUGAACUUGCCAAUGUUUACAGUUCUGAGAAGGUUCUCCAUCCUGUUUACAAUGUUUGCUGAAGGAGUUUUACUCAAGAAGACUUUCUCUUGGGGCAUCAAGAUGACUGUAUUUGCAAUGAUUAUUGGCGCCUUUGUAGCUGCCAGCUCUGACUUGGCAUUUGAUCUGGAAGGAUAUGUUUUUAUCCUGAUAAAUGACGUCUUGACAGCAGCAAAUGGUGCAUAUGUAAAACAAAAACUAGAUUCAAAAGAGCUGGGAAAAUAUGGUCUACUCUAUUACAAUGCACUGUUCAUGAUUUUGCCCACACUGGCCAUUGCAUAUUUCACAGGAGAUGCACAAAAGGCAAUGGAGUUUGAAGGCUGGGCUGACACCCUUUUUCUUCUGCAGUUCACUCUCUCCUGUGUGAUGGGGUUUAUCUUGAUGUACGCCACAGUACUCUGCACUCAGUAUAAUUCUGCUCUCACAACUACAAUAGUUGGCUGUAUUAAGAAUAUAUUAAUAACUUACAUUGGAAUGGUCUUUGGUGGAGAUUAUAUUUUCACAUGGACAAACUUCAUUGGUUUAAAUAUCAGCAUUGCUGGGAGCCUGGUGUAUUCCUACAUCACAUUUUCUGAAGAGCAGCUGAGCAAACAGUCAGAGGCCAGUAACAAGCUGGACAUUAAAGGAAAAGGAGCAGUAUGAUCAGAAGGUUGCUUAAACUUGUGGAGACCCGAGUUUUUGCUGAAUUUGGAACACUGACCGUUCUUACACAGAUAUUGAGGCAUCUUGAUUAUGGCAUUAAUACCAUUCUUUUGCACUUGUACAAUCUGAGGAUUGAUUGCUGCCUUUUAAAAUAUAUGAUGAGAGAAACUUAUAAUUGACUCUAUUUUAAAUAUGUUGUUUGAAUUAAUUUAUAUCAGACUGGAUAAUAUACCAGGCUUUUUAAUUUAUUCUUUCUUCUAUGCUGACAGUGAAACAUCAGUGUUUUGAAUAUGUAUUAUUCCAUAGUUUGAGAUCCAGGUGUCCCUGAGAGCUGCAUAU